AUGAAGUUAAGCCGCCAGUUCACCGUGUUCGGCAGCGCGAUUUUCUGUGUAGUGAUCUUCUCGCUCUACCUGAUGCUGGACCGGGGUCACUUAGACUACCCCAAGAACCCGCGCCGCGAGGGCUCCUUCCCCCAGGGCCAGCUUUCAAUGUUGCAAGAAAAAAUAGACCAUUUGGAACGUUUGCUAGCUGAGAAUAAUGAGAUCAUCUCAAAUAUUAGAGAUUCGGUCAUCAAUUUGAGUGAGUCUGUGGAGGAUGGGUCGAAAAGUUCACUAGGCAAUUUCAGCCGUGGUGCUGGCUCACCUCUUCUGCCAUCGAAACAAUUGUCCCUCAAAGUUGACCCUGAAGACUGUCUGUUUGCUUCACAAAGCGGAAGUCAGAAUUCAGAUGUGCAGAUGUUGGAUGUUUACAGUCUGAUUCCUUUUGACAAUCCAGAUGGUGGAGUUUGGAAGCAAGGAUUUGACAUUACCUAUAAAUCUAAUGAGUGGGACACUAAGCCCCUUCAAGUCUUUGUGGUGCCUCAUUCCCAUAAUGACCCAGGUUGGUUGAAGACUUUUGAUGAAUACUUUAAAGAGAAGACUCAGUAUAUUUUUAAUAACAUGGUCAUCAAGCUGAAAGAAGACUCAAGGAGGAAAUUUAUUUGGUCUGAGAUCUCUUACCUUUCAAAGUGGUGGGAUACUCUAGAUAUUCAAAAGAAGGAUGCUGUUAAAAGUUUAAUAGAAAAUGGUCAGUUUGAAAUUGUGACAGGUGGCUGGGUUAUGCCUGAUGAAGCUGCUGCACAUUAUUUUGCCAUAAUUGACCAACUAAUUGAAGGACAUCAAUGGCUGGAAAAAAAUUUAGGAGUGAAACCUAGAUCUGGUUGGGCUAUUGAUCCUUUUGGACAUUCACCAACAAUGGCUUAUCUUCUAAACCGAGCUGGAUUUUCUCACAUGCUUAUCCAGAGAGUUCAUUAUGCAGUUAAGAAACAUUUUGCUUUGCAUAAAACACUGGAGUUUUUUUGGAGACAGAAUUGGGAUCUGGGAUCUGUCACAGAUAUUUUUUGCCACAUGAUGCCCUUCUACAGCUAUGACAUCCCUCACACUUGCGGACCUGAUCCUAAAAUAUGCUGCCAGUUUGAUUUUAAACGGCUUCCAGGAGGCAGAUUUGGUUGUCCCUGGGGAGUCCCCCCAGAAACAAUAUAUCUUGGAAAUGUCCAAAACAGGGCUGAGAUGCUUCUAGAUCAAUACCGAAAGAAGUCAAAACUUUUCCGCACUGCAGUUGUCCUGGCCCCACUCGGAGAUGACUUCCGCUACUGUGAACGCACCGAAUGGGAUCAUCAGUUCAAGAAUUAUCAGCUGCUUUUCGAUUAUAUGAAUUCUCAACCUCGGUAUAAUGUUAAGAUACAGUUUGGGACUUUAUCAGAUUAUUUUGAUGCUCUGGAUAAAGAAGAUGCAUCUAGCAGAAAGAAUAGCCAGUCGAUGUUUCCUGUGCUGAGUGGAGAUUUUUUUACUUACGCUGACCGGGAUGAUCAUUACUGGAGUGGCUACUUUACAUCCAGACCUUUUUACAAACGAAUGGACAGAAUAUUGGAAUCCCAUUUAAGGUCCGCUGAAAUUCUGUACUAUUUUGCCCUGCAACAAGCUCAGAAAUACAAGAUAAACGGAUUUCUUUCAUCAUCCUAUUACGCAAUGCUUACAGAAGCCAGAAGGAAUAUAGGGCUGUUUCAACAUCAUGAUGCUAUCACAGGAACUGCGAAAGAUUGGGUGGUUGUGGACUAUGGUACCAGACUCUUUCAUUCGUUAAUGAAUUUGAAGAUGAUAAUUGGAUAUUCUGCACUACUUCUUCUUUUGAAGGACAAACAGUCGUACGAAUCUUACACUUCUGUUAUUGUCCUGGAAAUGGAAUCAAAACAAAAAUCACAAAGUUCUCUGCCACAAAAAAAUAUAAUAAAGCUGGGUGCGGAGCCAAGGUACCUUGUGGUCUAUAAUCCUUCAGAGCAAGAACGAAACUCGAUGGUCUCGCUCUACGUAAGUUCCCCUGCAGUGCAAGUGUCCUCCGCUUCAGGAAAACCUGUGGAAAUUCAAAUGAGUGCAGUUUGGGAUACAACCAGUACUAUCUCACAAAUGGCCUACGAGAUUUCUUUUCUAGUGCAGAUGCCACCAUUGGGACUAAAAGUGUAUACACUUUUGGAAUCAACAAGUUCAAAUCCACAUUUAGCUGAAUAUGUCUUGUAUAAUGGUAACAUAGAAAAUAAAGGAAUUUUCAACAUAAAGAGUAUAAAAAGUACUGAAGAAGAUAUAAUUCUAGAGAACUCCUUUAUUAAACUUCGGUUUGGUCAAUCUGGGCUUAUGGAGGAAAUGAUAAGUAAAGAAGACGGGAAACGUCAUGAAGUAAGAGUACAGUUUUCGUGGUAUGGAACCACGAGUAAAAAGGACAAAAGUGGUGCCUACCUCUUCUUGCCCGAUGGGGAAGCCAAGCCUUAUGUUUACACAACCCACCCCCUUGUCAGAGUGCAGCGUGGAAGGUUUUAUUCGGAUGUGACUUGCUUUUUUGAACAUGUUACCCACAGUGUCCGACUGUACAACAUACAGGGAAUAGAAGGACAGUCCGUGGAAGUUUCCAAUAUUGUGGACAUCCGGAAAGAACAUAACCGUGAGAUUGCAAUGAGAAUUUCUUCUAACAUAAACAGCCAAAACAGAUUUUAUACGGACCUAAAUGGAUACCAGAUUCAACCUAGAAUGACGAUGAGCAAAUUGCCUCUUCAAGCAAAUGUGUACCCGAUGACUACAAUGGCUUAUAUCCAGGAUGCCGAGCAUCGCUUGACUCUGCUAUCUGCUCAGUCUUUGGGUGUAUCCAGUUUGAAAAGUGGUCAGAUUGAAGUUAUAAUGGACCGAAGACUCAUGCAAGAUGAUAAUCGUGGUCUUGAGCAAGGUGUCCAUGAUAACAAGAUUACAGCUAAUUUGUUUCGAAUACUACUAGAAAAAAGGACUGUCGUGAAUACGGAAGAAGACAAGAAGCCGGUCAGUUAUCCUUCUCUCCUCAGCCACAUAACUUCUUCUUUCCUGAAUCACCCUUUCUUAACAAUGACAGAGAAGAUCCCCGUGCCCACCCUUCAGCUGCUGGGUGAAUUCUCCCCGUUACUGUCAUCUUUGCCUUGUGACAUUCAUCUGCUGAAUCUGAGGACAAUACAAUCAAAGGUGGAUGGCAAGUAUUCCGAUGAGGCCGCCUUGAUCCUCCACAGGAAGGGAUUUGACUGCCGCUUCUCCAGCAGAGGCACGGGGCUGCAGUGUUCCACCACCCAGGGAAAGAUAUCGAUACAGAAACUUUUUCACAAGUUUACCGUUGUAAGUCUCGUACCUUCAUCAUUAUCCUUGAUGCAUUCGCCUCCAGACGCCCGAAACAUGAGUGAGAUCAACUUGAGUCCCAUGGAAAUCAGCACAUUUCGAAUCCAGCUGAGGUGAACCUGGCUUUCAGAUUUGGAUUGGGAAGCAUUGGCUUUUGUACACUUCUUGGUUUAACGUGCAAUAGAGAAGCACAUUGUUUUAGCUUCUGGCUACUGUGAGAACAUGAAUUCUGUGAUUUUUUUUUUUUAGCCAGUACAGUAAAAACAAAAAAGCCAUGCUGUAAACCUGUUUAUUUGUUUGUUUGUUUAAGUUCCUCCCAUCAACCACCACCAUUGGUAUGAUCGGUAUGAAUUGAUGCAACAAAUGAAGAAAUAUGUAAAGUCAACCUCUGAACAGAUUGUAUCUCAGGUUAAAUGUUAACUAAUUAUAUCUGUGUUGGGGGUUGUGAAGAGAUUGUUAUGAGUAUUCAUGUUGCUGAUCCUUUGUUAAUUUAACAAAAAUGCCCGUUUUUACCAAAAUGGAUUCAAAAGCUGGAGGGUAAUAGCUAAUGGCCAAAAUGGUUGCAAUCAUUCAUACAAGUUAGAAAAUUUUUGUGUGUUGAAAUGUGUGGAAAAGUGCAAUCCAUCAGCCCUCAUGAUACAUAUAGUUGAUUUUCACACCUUUUUCUAAUGUACCACUUGACCCCUCCCUUCCUACCCUUUGUAAAGUGUUUCCAGAGAUAGCAGAUUUUGAAUCAUUCAAUAGUAGAAAAAGAGGCAUAUUUUCAUUACUUGACAACGUGGGAUAGGUGCAAUUUAUUCCAUUGUCACUAAAAUAGAAUAAGCAAUUGCGUAGGUACCAUAAACUAUUUAGGUACCACAAGGUGUCUUUUUACACAGCUCAUUUGAAUACAGAUGUUCUGAAAAGGGGUUUUCUAUUUUAAAAAUACCAUAUCAGAAUAAAUGUGCCUUAUUUUUUUAUAAGUCUUGUUAAAUCUUUUAGUGUCCAUAUUACCAUUUGGGGAAUGGGGGAAGGUGGGCAGGGAGAAGGGUGGGUACUUUCUAUGACACAUAAAUUGUAUAAUUUUUGCCUGACAAUGUUGGCCACAUUCUGAUCUGCUUCAUUAAAUUUGUGGUGAUAUUACUCUAAACAUUUUGACUAUUUGAAUGUACUGAGAUCUCAGAAAACAAAACAAGGGAAAAAUAUUAAUUAAAAUAUGCUGCUGCCAAGGAGACUGCAACUUGAAGCAAGGAUUCUGUAAUGUGCAAAAUUCACAACUUGUUUCCAUUUCCGAGGAGUUAACCAUAUUGAAGAGAGAAUGCUUUAAAAUAGACCCUGUUCUGAAACUCAGUUAUACGUAGCUCACCGUGAUUUAUCAUGUUAGAGAAUACAACUGUGCAGUGAGUUCCAAACCUCUGUAUGUGUGUGUGACCUCAAAGCGAAGUUCCAAGCCCAUGUGCCAUUACAAGACUUGUGAUAAAACUUGUUUGGGGUCAUUGCUAACUUGACAUUAAAAUGAAAGCACCAUUUAGGAUAUUCAGUUUUCAUAAAGAGAGCACUGAAUGUGUGCACUUGCGAAUGUUCUCUCUGUGUUAACUAAUAGAUUAUUAUCUGACUCUAAACUUCCACUUACCUCCUGUUAUUCCAACAUCUUUUUAGAGAAAUUAAAAGUUAAUUUCUCUUUUAUCAUGUGGUCUGAUUAACAUCUGAAUUUUAAUCAAGACGCAGCUCCUAAGAUUAUUAUGUUAAAUUCUUAGACUUAUAUCGUCUUUAAUAAUUAAGGAAACAAUACUGGUGUUGAUAAAGAUAUUAAAAGGGAGAAAUUUCAUGCAAUAAACAUGUACUGUAAGUUUCCUUCCUCCUUUUUGGGGUGGGGGGAUGCGCAACUAAGUAUGGAAACAAACACUUCCCUUUGUGGACGUCUACAGAUUUUAGGGUUGCCAGAAGCAAAUUCCAAGAAUAAAAUCAGUAUUUUUAUUGCAUAUUAAAUGUAAAACCUUCCUAUGGGAGUCUACUGUGUUCUGUGGUUAAUUGUUCUGGAAAUUCUGAUCAAUUGAAAUAAAAAAUCUUGAUGCAAUAACAGUGGUUUUGCCACUUCCCGUUGUUGAAGAUGGAUCUGCCCCAUGUCCAUCAGGUCUGAGUGCAUGUUGCCACCAACUGCUCACAGGUAGAGCAGAAAUUCUCUUUAAUGAGCAAGUUUCUGCUUUUUACCUUCAGACUACAUUAUCAGGGAAAAUGAGAGAGGAUGCUUUUUUUUUGGGCUCUGGUCAAGAACUGAUUGAAGCAUUUGGUGUCUCCGGCACACGCCGAAGACCGUGCACUUCAGUUGUGACAUGGUGGCAUGUUUGUGUGCCUGGGUGUUCGUACAGUUAUUUUCACAGAUGUUCAUUUGACCAAGGAGUUCAUCACGUUUCCUAUUUUUUUUUUUUUUUGGAAAUUUUAAUUUGGGGUUAUAACUUCAGUGUUUGAGAACUCAGCAUCCUUGUUUCCUACAAAUACUGACUGACAUAAAAUGCUGUAAAGUGUGUUGUAAAACAUUGUAAUUACCUUCCCAGGUCUUUGUUGUACUUGUGCCGAGAUGUUUUCACAUUCCUUUGUCUGGAAGAAAGUCUUUGCUUUUGUUUUGGUUAUGUUGCUUACCUUGGAAUCAAUAGGUUUUGAUAUUUUCUCUUGGAAGAUUUUAUAUCUUUUUGGGAAUAUGUAAUAUAAGAUCUCUAAUAAAAGAUAAACCUUAUCAUGUA